AUGAUUCCUGUUUAUAAUCGUAGUGAGACUUUUCUGGAGCGCGUGCUGGCCGAGUGGAUCCAGGCCGUGGUGGAGGCGGAGCUCGAGGUGACCACGCCCUUCAGCCUGGUGGACAUCCUGACCCCGCCCCUGCACGUGAGGGCGUGGGGGCUCGAGGGACUGCCCACCGACGCCUUCUCGCUCCAGAACGCCACGGCCAUCAAGCAUACUGUCAACCUCCAAAGGAAAGCUCAUUCCGACGGCCCCGCCCCUCUCCCCGCCUCCAGAUGGCCGUACUUGGUAGACCCGGACGAGCAGGGGACGCGAUGGCUGCAGCUCCACGAGGCCGCCAAUGAGCUAGUGGUUCUUCGCGAGCAGGACUUCAACGCCCCGGCUUCUCGACCUGGAGGAGGAGCUGUGGCCCAGAUAACGCUGCUGGAGGACGCCCUCGCCCGCUGCAUUCCCAAAGGGCGCCCGGUUCUCCUGAUGGACUUGGCGGGGGAUCCGCCGUCCCAGCUGGCUGACCUUGUCGCACGCAACACGAGGGAGGAAGGCGGCGUAAGAGUGGUGACCAUCAGCUCCUUGACGCUGCAGUAUCACCCCGGCUUCCGGCUGUACCUCGCCAGCCGCCACGCCCGCCCCAGCCUGUCCCUCGAGACGGCUGCGUCCCUCACUGUCGUCAACUUCACCGUCACCGUCCAAGGGCUGCACGACAACCUGCGGCAGAUCCUCGUCAGGAAGGAGAGACCUGAGCUGGAGGACGAGCGGCAGAAGCUGGUGCUGACGACCUCGUCCCAUCAGCGCGCCCUGCAGGACACGGAGGAGCGCAUCCUUCACACCCUGUCCUCCGCGCAGGGCAACAUCCUGGAGUCUGAGGAGGCCAUCAACAUCCUACAGGAGACGAAGCAAAUGUCUGACGACAUCAAGCGGAAGCAGGAGCAGUGCGUGGAGACGGAGGCGGCGCUGCUGGAGUGCUGCAAGCAGUACGAGUCCGUGUCCCGACCCGCGGCGUCCCUCUACAUCACCCUCGCCAGCCUCGCCUCCGUGUCGCCGAUGUACCAGUUCUCGCUGCGCUGGUACGUCGAUCUCUACGUCGCCGUCAUCGACACCACCGGCAAGAGUUCCGUGCUGGAGCGCCGCCUGAGCCUCCUGCAGGAAGCCCUGGUGAGCCGCGUGCACUCCGCCGUCGUGAAGGGCCUCGCCGCCCCCCACCGCCUUCCCUUCACCUUCCUCAUCGCCCUCCACGCCCUCAGAGUCUCGGGAGCCGUGAAUCCGAGCGUGGAGUCGGCUCUGUUUCGUCUGGCGAGUCAGAGUCCGGCCGGAUGCACUCCGCCCCCCGACUGGCUGGCCGUGCCCCUGGCCCCCGCCUGGCCCGCUCUCCUGCACCUCACGACGCUGCCGGAGUUUGAAGGUGAGGCUGUCCAGAUGUUUUUUGUGCAGGAGGUUGCUGAUUUUGCGUCCGCAGGUUUGUCUGAGAGCUUGGAGAAAGACGCCGUCGGUUGGGUCAGCCUGACGAGCUGCGCCCUGCCGGAGAAGUCCGCUCUGCCCCGCCCCUGGCACCGCCUACAGCCUGUUCUGUGGCUCCUGCUGGUCGCCGCCCUUCGCCUGGACAAGCUUACGUGGGCGGUCAGGGUCAUCGUGGGCGACAUCCUGGGCGCCCAUUUCUCCUCACCUCCGCCUGUGGACGUGGGCGUGUUCCUAGAGGCGCCCGCGCAGCCCAAGUCCUCCUCGCGCACCCCGGCCCCCGCGCGCCCACCCGCCCCCCUCCUGCUGGUCACCUCGCCCGGGGUCGACGCCCUGGAGGAGGUCUUGCUCCUGGCCGCUCAGGGGCCGGAGGGCGCGCUCGCGAACGUGUCGCUCGGGCAGGGCCAGUCUUCCGUGGCCGAAGCCGCCGUGCAGAGCGGGGCGAGCGAGGGUGGCUGGGUGGUGCUGCAGAACCUCCACCACGCCCUGGACUGGCUGCCGACGCUGGCGAACAUCAUCACCCGCCUGUACACAGAGGGCGUCCCCAACGGCGGCGGUGGCGGCGCUCGCAAAGCCAACGGCAACGGCGGACUCCACCCCAACUUCCGGCUGAUUCUCACCACGGAGCCCACGGACGAGUUUCCCGUGUCACUACUGAGGAGUGUGGAGAAGGUGUACGUGGACGCCCCCGGAGACGCUCGCCACGCCCUUCUGGAGGCCAACCUCACCCUCACUCGACACGCGUCUAACCUCACCUUCUCUGAGGAGGACGAAGAAGAGGAAGUAGAAGCCGCGAUUUACCGCCUGUUACACGGCCUCAGCGUCUUCCACACCGUCGUAAGCGAGCGAGGGCGCCACGGCCACCUCGCCUGGGCCGACCCCCCCGCCUUCACGGCCACGGAUCUCACACUCGCCAUCAGCGUUGUUACGAGCAGCGUGGAGGAAGGCCGCGACGUCGACCCGGAGAUGCUGGAGUACCUGGUGGGUCGGGUCUUCUACGGCGGGCGUGUUCAUCGAGUGGAGGACCAGCAGGUGAUCCUCAGCAUCCUCAAGGAAGUCCUCACCAUCUCCUUGAAGCUGCCGGAGGAGAUCACCCCUCGCUCUGCCGAAGGAGCCGGGGAAGAAGAGGAAGAGGAGGACGAGGAGGAAGAGGAGCUGGAGCCGACGGGGGGAGGGGUGGACGACGCCGAGGACGUCGGCCUGGUGCGUCUUUUCCCCGAUUUCGUCGGGAGGCUCGAUGACCUGGCGGAGUUCGUGGCGGGAAUCACAGGUUUAGACAGACCGGAAAUCUUCGGUCUGCCGGCGGGAGUCCAGCAGCUGCAGGAGAUCGAGGCCGGCCAGCGCUUCCUCACCGUCCUGGCCACCGUCGGAGGGGCGCAGAGUCUCCAAGGGAAGUCCGAAAGGAUAUCUAAGGACGAAGUAAACAGGCUGAAGAAGAUGAGGUCACAGAUGAUAUCCGCUGACGUAGGGUUGCUACCACAGACGUACAUAGAUGGUGACAGCGUACCGUCCUGGCGAGCCCCAGACUACCUUCACUCUGCCAGUCUCUCAGCUACAGAUUUCCAUUUCUAA